AUGCUCCUUUCAAGAAUUGUCCAACUCCUACCCCACACUCCCGUGCUAUGCCAUCUGCCUCGGUCGCAACCUCACCGUACAGUCAAAUGUUCUGCCUCACGCACCUGGGACAAUGCCUUCAACAUCUUCUCAGAGCACAUCAAGAAAGCGCUCUGGACCAAAGACAGGUGUCAGCUAUGCACAGCUUGGCAACAUGAAGAAGGUUGCAACAGCUCCCAACACAGCAACAAGCACCUGUGUUCAGGAUGUGGUGCCCCCAAGCACAGAGCCCAGUGUUGCACUCGCUCUCAGAAAUCAUAA